AUGCCACCAGAUCGACAGCCUAAACAACGCCGUUCAGCUAUUAGUGAUGACAUUAAGCGUCAAAUAUGCGAAUGGGCGGAAGCAAAUAAAAACGAAAAACACCAUGAAAUUGCUCAACAUUUUAACGAAAAAAACCUUAAUGUGAAGAUUGACCGAAGUACUGUGUCUAAAAUUUUGAAAGAAAAAGACAAGUGGAAGGUCGUAGUUAGUGCUGAAGUUUCGACUAAAACAUUUAG